AAGCUUCUUAGGCUGUGUGUACGAGUUCCAUCAGAAAUGGGUGUUGGGGGUUUGCUUCUCACAGCGCUGGUGGCCCUACUUGGGUAUCUGUUCCUAAGACUACGACGCAAUGCGCAAUAUUGGCAAAACUUGGGUAUAGCUUGUGAAGAGCCACACCUACUAAUGGGCAGCUUGACUGGCGUGCGUUCCAAGCGCUCAUUCAUGGAAAUUUGGACGCACUACUACAAUAAGUUCAGGGGCACCGGACCAUUUGCUGGCUUCUAUUGGUUUCAACGUCCGGCUGCCUUCAUCUUGGAGCCUUUUCUAGCCAAGCAUAUACUCGUCAAAGACUUCAAUAAGUUCACGGAUCGUGGAUUUUUCCACAAUGAGGAAGAUGAUCCGUUGACGGGACAGCUCUUCUUGUUGGAUGGCCACAAGUGGAAGUCCAUGCGCAACAAGUUGUCUUCUACCUUCACCUCGGGAAAAAUGAAAUACAUGUUCCCAACGGUUGUGAAGGUUGGUUACGAGUUUGUAGAAGUGUUCGGUGAUAUGGUGAGAAAGCAAUCAGAAAUUGAGGUGAAGGAGCUGUUGGCACGUUACACCACCGAUGUAAUAGGAACUUGUGCCUUUGGAAUUGAGUGCAGCAGUCUGAAGGAUCCCGAGGCCGAGUUUCGACUGAUGGGUCGUCGUGUGUUUACGGACGUGCGACACGGUGUCCUAGGCCUUACAUUUUUAAGUAGUUUCCCAAAGCUGGCACGUCGCCUGCACAUGAAAAAUACACCGCAACAUAUUGAAGAUUUCUUCCUGCGAAUAGUCCGCGAAACUGUGACCUUUAGAGAGCAAAAUAACAUAAAACGCAACGAUUUUAUGGAUCAGCUAAUUGAAUUGAAAAACAAUCGUAUGCUCAAGUCUGAGACGGGGGAAAGCAUGAACCUGACACUGGAGGAGGUAGCCGCACAAGCUUUUGUGUUUUUCGCGGCGGGCUUUGAAACCUCAUCGACCGCAAUGGGAUUUGCUUUAUACGAAUUGGCCCAGAAUGCCAACAUUCAGCAAAGGGCACGGGACGAAAUAAACGAAGUACUGGAAAAACAUAAUGACGAGUUGAACUACGAGUGUAUGAAAGAGCUCACAUACUUGGAUCAGAUCAUAUCAGAGACCCUCCGCUUAUACACUGUUCUGCCAGUGCUAAAUCGGGAGUGUCUGGAGGACUACGUGGUGCCUGGCUAUCCAAAGUAUGUCAUCAAGGCCGGCAUGCCAGUUUUAAUUCCUGCUGGGGCCAUGCAUCGUGACGAGAAGCUGUAUCCCGAUCCAGACACGUUCAAUCCGGAUAAUUUUGAUCCGGACCGAGUCAAAGAGCGAGACUCAGUGGAGUGGUUGCCAUUUGGAGACGGCCCACGUAAUUGCAUUGGAAUGCGUUUUGGCCAAAUGCAGGCACGCAUUGGACUUGCCCUACUCCUCAAAAAUUUCAGAUUUUCAGUUUGCGAACGUACACCCAUUCCUAUGACAUAUAACUUAGAGAGCUUUCUGGUCGCUAGCGAAAAGGGCAUCUAUUUGCGGGUAGAGCAGAUCUAAUACGAAGUAUGAUGAAGCAUUCAGGCAUAUAUUUUUUGACCUUACAUUACCCAAAUGUUGGUUUUUUUCCGCUUGGGUGGCUACCUAAUUAGAAAAGUAUGCGUGUUCUAGGUUCCACCAUUUUCUGCUAGAAGUCUAUUUAUACAUAAUUAGUACGAUUGAUGAUUUAUGAAUCGCAGAAUACUCGAUGUUGCAAAUACUCGUGUGGAUUAUAUUGUCUAAAAAAUGAAAUAAAAUUAUCUCUAAAAUAUAGUGUGUCCAAUUUAGGUUCCCAUUUAAAAUUAUCAAUUCAAUAAAACAGCUUACUAUUUUGGCAUAAA